AUGCUGGCAGCGUACACAGUGAUUGUCACAGUGAUACUGAUCGUAACAUGGUUGUGUGGGACCAUCCUGAACUCAUCCAUUAUAGCUGUCUAUCUCAGCGACUGGAAGAAGGGAGUUAAAUGUGGGGAGUGCGAUCAGAUCACUCUCAGCAUGGGGUGCAACUACCUACUCAUGCAAUGCUUCAUAAUAUUUUUUUGGGCAUUCAGGUUCUAUGGACUGGACCUUCCAUUUGCAGAAAAACUCUCUUUUGCUAUCAGUACUGUGUUCUGGUUUUCUGUUUUUCUCUCCUUUUGGCUCACAGCCAGUCUCUCCAUCUGCUACUGUCUCAGACUGGUCAGUCUAUCGUCCGCAGUUUUUAAUCAGAUAAAAGGAAGACUCUCUCGCAUUUUUAUCCCUCUUCUUCUGUGGUCAGUGGCAAUUUCAUUUAUUUUUCCAGUUACCCGGAUAGUUGACAUAAAAAUUGACCAGAACGGGACUUUUAUUUAUCAUGAAAAUACCUCUAAUGUGGGUAUUCUGAUCUCUGCUGUUGCAUUUAAUGUCUGCCUGCCCUUCAUUAUUACCUCCAUUUGUAUAUUUCUUUCCCUGAUAUCGCUCCUGAGGCACAUCUGGAGGAUGAAGCAGAACACUCAGUUUGGGAGUCCUCAGCUGAAGAACCUUAUAAAAGCUUGCAGGACAAUGUUCCUACUCAUGGCUCUGAAUUUGCUUUUCUUCCUGAUAAUUUGCAGUUCUAUGCUGAUAUCAGAUAGAAUGGGAACUGUAUGGGGCAAGGUGGUCUUGUUAGGAAACAUGUUGAACCCCUCAUGUCAAGCCAUUGUUCUGAUCUUUGGGAAUUCCAAGUUACUCGGUGCCUGGAUAAAGACCUUGUUUCCUCAGUGA